GCGGUAGUUUAAACCGGAAAUAACACAAGAAAUUUACUUUCACAUCUAAAGGAAACCACGAACUUCCCGUGUCAGACACUCGAGCAGUCCUGUGUGUCGCACUAUUAAUGCUUGAGUUAAAAUGGUGCAAGUUGAUGUUCGGUACACGAAGGUCGCCACAGAUAUUCACGAUGAAAUAGACACGCGCGCAAACGAGGACAGUGAUGAAGAAGAACAAGUGACAGUCUACAUAAAGCUGCGCAAUGAUAGACUGCUGGGAAAAGCAGGAAAGGGACUCACAUGUUUCCGUGUGUCAGUGGCUCUGGUUCUCCUGGGUAUCGUCUCUGUGUUUGCGCUUCUUCAGUGGUAUGAAUGGUGGCCUGAUCCUGAAAGAUUUCACAGUGCAGGAACCAACAUCAUGAACAUUUCAAAGGAACAUGGCGACCAUCAUCACCACACCACCUUGGAUGAAGAUGAUGAACACGAAGAUGGAGAAGAUGGCCACCACCAUGAGCACACUGCACUGUACCACCAUGCUGUUGUUCUGACAGCCUCAGAUAACUGUUCCAGCAUUGGUAAGGAGCUUCUCCAGGAGGGUGGAAAUGUGGUGGAUGCAGCUAUUGCUUCUCUGCUCUGCUUGGGAGUCGUCCACCCACAUACAGCUGGAGUAGGUGGUAUAGUCUCAGCCAUCCUGUACAACAACACAUCAGGCUCACUCAAGACAAUACGUUCCAUUGCACCCCAAAUGUCAUCAACUACCUUUGGAGUCCCAUCUAUUCUGCAAGGUAUCCAAGUACUCCACUCCAAGUGUGGACGAUCUGAAUGGAGCCGGCUUUUCAAAGAAGCCAUAACAUUAGCGCAGGAAGGGUUCCUCAUAGAUGAAGUCCUCGGCAAGGCAUUGGAAAGCUAUAAGGAGGAAAUACGCAUUUCCAAGCUGUGUGAUCUGUUCUGUGAUGCGAGUGGCCGCAUGAAAUCGGUGGGAGCGAUCGUCAAAAAUCAGAAUCUGUCAGAGCUUUUGCAGAGCGCCAGCCUGAAUGAGAACAAUUUCCUAGAAAUGCUGGCUGUGAAAUUGUCCGAAGACCUCUCCGUGAACGAGAGGCCAGACUUCUCAGCUGCCAUUCAGCACAGCCAUGGAGAAAUCAAUGACUCUCUUAUCAUCGAGGGAGAGAAAUAUUCUGUCCUUUCAGCCAGUUUGCCUUUCUCAGGCAAGAUGCUAUCUGAUAUAUUAGAGCAAGUCAGGCAGCAAAGCCUCUCUUUUCGGAACGGUGCAGAUUUUAACAGGACCUCUGCCUCCUACAGUGCUCUCUUAAACUCGAUUCAAGAACGCAACAAUUCAGCCUUGGCUGAGAAGUACCCAGGCCUCGUAGACACAUUUUCUCUUAAUACUCAAAACAGUCACGUUGCUGUGCUGGAUAAAUAUGGUAAUUUUGUCAUUAUGUCAGCUUCACUCAACAGCACGUGGGGAUCCGGGCGUUUUUUGCCAUCCAGUGGUAUUCUCCUUAACAGCUUUAGUUCAAACAUCUCAAACUUGCCUUAUUUCAACAUGCCAUUGGUUCUACAACUCAUUGAGGACGAUGCAUCUCAUACUGAUGAUACACAAGACAAUGCAGAAGAAAAUGAAGUAGAAGUUGUUGCUAUUACUGGAGGACUUUCAGCUAUAUUUAAUGCUGCCUUUUUUUUGCACAACAGGAUUGACUUAGGAAUGUCUUCUAAAGAAGCUAUUAGUGGCCCUCUCCUCCAUCUAGAGCCGGGAAUGUCUUCGGCUUUUUGUCUGUCUGCCACUUUAAAUGACUCAGACUUUUAUAUGCUGUUCUCUGAUGUAGGAAGUGAGCUCCAGCAGGUGGACGAGUGCUCGGAUCAUUCUCUAUCCAUGCUGCUGCGGUUACAUGCAGACCACGUUAGCGCAUAUGGAGCCCCGGUUGCUAAUGCUCAUAUUAAUGGCUACUGACAGUUUAUAUGUCUGCAAUCCAGCAGUGUCAUUUUUUAUGGUGCAGAUGCAUUUUCCUUGACAAAAGAGAAAAUGACGAGUCUAACCAGUCAGUCAUUUUAGGCCAUCAUUUCACCAAUCAUGGCGUUCCCAAGGUUUUUUUUUUUUUUUUUUAAGUGCAAAAGGUGAAUGAGAGAACAGUUGGUGUUAUGUCAUGUAGUCAUACUAAUGGCUACGGAAGGAAGCUUCUUUUAGCCGAGUUUGCACUAUACAAUUUUGCUGUCUCAGACUAAAAUCACACAUCAUAAAAUAAUUCUUUGGUCGUGAGUUGAGACUGGCAGUCUUAGAAUCCAUAAUAUCAUGCUCUGAUAUGUCAUUAUUUGAUUAGAUUAUUUGAUUAAAAUCUCAGAGUGUGACCACUGCUACAAUGUUCAUCUAAAAACAACGAAUAGGAAGAUGGCAUAGGAUUUCUCAAAACUCGGUACAGCUACAAAUACACUAGCGGAACUGUUGAAACAUGAACAAAACAUGUAAAUGGGCAUCUGAACCUCACUUUGAAGAAUGUUUCUGUUUAUGCGACCCUGAAUGUCACUGUUUUCUGCACUGAUUGAUUACAUAAGCACAACGUAGUCGUUUUCUUUAAUCUGAGGUCUAUACUUAGAGAAUCUUCAUCCUAUAAGUAAAGGAUAAUCCAGGGCUAGGUGUGAAUUACACAAUUUUAAAGCAUAAAGGGGAGGAAAAAACCUCCCAGCAUGAAACGGCAUGCAGUAAAAUUGUGUAGUGCACACCUGGCCAUGUUUUAUCCCAUUUAUACCAUGGUCAUUUGUCAGCACUGACAAGUUAAAGCUGUCAUUGAUGUUUGCAGGGCAAAAUUUGACUGAAGGGAUAAAAAUAAUGGUUCAUUUUUAUUAGUUAUGUAUUUACUCGUAGUUUUAUAUACUGGUCUGGAAUUCUGCCCGCUCUAAAUCAUACACAUACAGAUAAAGUAGUACGACAAGAUUACAUUUAUUUGAGUGAAUUAUAGUAAAUAGUUUUUAGAGAGAGAGAUGUGUGUGUGUGUGUGGGGGAAUUAUCUACAUCUGUACCGCAUCUCUACUAAUAAUGAAGCUGUGAGUUUCACUACUGUAUGCAUUACUGUAACUGCAUGUUACUAUGGUUACAGUUGUUUAUAGGCAGCACAUUAAUUUAGAAUGGCGAUUAAACUGACUGGAACUACCUGUGCAUUAUACGGUUUGAACGCACACCUUCCGGCCAAUCAGACUCGAGUAUUCAGACAGACCAUGGUAUAAACUGAAAUGGAGGACACGUUAUUGCACAGUCUGGAUAUAGAAUUAAGGGUUAUUUUGUACAGUAAAAGACUGAUGAAAUCACACAGUGUGAGACAGACUUUACUCACCUUAGCUGUUCAACAUCCACAACAUGAUGUGGAUCCAUUUAAUAAUACUUCAGUCUUCCACAACAAAGAAAUGCAGAUGUCUGGACUAAUCAGGUAAACGGAUUGUUCAUCCAUUUAAUCUGUGCACAUUUCAAUGAUCUACUAACUGUUACCCAGGGUUAUUAGAGGACACAUUUUUACAUGUGGUUUGUAUUAGGUUUCAAUAGUGUUUGUUCAUUUUGUGUUAAUUAAUUUUGCUCUCAUUAUGCUUGAUGGCAACUGAUGGAAUUACAAUUACUAGUCCUUCAUGGUAGUCUUUAUAAAUAUUAUAGUGAUGGAUUUAAAACUGUAUCUUAAUAAUGCAGAGUUCCAGAGUAGUGCAACAGUGUUUACCUUAAUAUAUUUUGAAUCCUGAAAUAGCAUAGAUAUCUGUUCCCUCAUGUCCAAUAGCGCAUAACCGGCCCUGCUCUUUAGGUGGGAAAAUGGCAUUUCUUCCCCAUGUGGAGAAAUCGUCAGCAUCUCUUAACCAAAGCAAGAUAUCUAUGAAUUCAUGCAUACAGAAGAGGGAAGUUAGCGCUUCCAUCCAAGCAUGACCAGGAGUUCAAAAAGAUGCGGUGGCGUCACAUAUCUAGGAUUAAGCACAUGCAAGCCAGUCUAAAUGUACACAAGAAGCAGCAAGUCUCACAGAAAGAAACCAUGUGACUGACAAAUGUCCCAUAUCCCGUUGAGGAUAUUUAAUUUACUUGACACAAAUGUCUUUAAACAAACUGGUUAAUAGCCAUUCAAGAUGUUAUGUCAUGAUUAGUUUGAGUCCUGUGUCUAUAUCAUGCACUGUAAAACUUGUUGUGUCAUAUUAAUAUACAAAUCUAAAACUAAGUAUAUGUUUAUUUUCACAUUAAAUGCUGCACAGAAGUGAGAACAUCAUUCAAUUAGUCAAUCCAAGUGUACAGUAGUGUACAAGAUGUAUUAGAGCAGGGAUGUCAAACAUAUGUACUGUAAGCCAGACCCGACCCAAUAGAAGCUCAGAUCAGGCCCUCCAAAAGAAUUUAAAAUCCUUCUUCUAAAUUAAAAUUGUCUUAUGGACCUUAAUUGAAUGGAAAGAUUGGGAAAAAGAGGCACUAGAGGGGAAAAAAGAGAGCAAUAAUCUCAGCUUAUUAACUCAGCUACUGACAUCAUGUGCUAAUAAUAUAUCAUUCUUUAUUAACAAGCUAAAAGGGAUGCUUUAUCCAGAAUGACUUUAAGGGAGAAUAGUUAUGCAGUGACAACUCAUAUAGUUUUAAAAAAAAAUAAUUCCAGUUAAGUCCACUUCAUUUCUAGGAGUGUAAACAUUCAGUCUGUUCAUUGUGUUGUGGUUAAUCCAUGUAUUCUGAAUGUACCUUUCCGAUAACUGCUGAUCAAUUAAAACAUGUAAGAGGA